AACAUUCGCUCUGCUGUGCAAAUUCUGUCCCAUAAGGGUCCGAACAAUCAGAUCAUCGACAGGAAUGUUUUGGGAGCCAAGCAUGGUUCUGUUUUUGCAAUCGUGACACUCUUCCCUUGCUGCCUCUCAAGCAUGUUCAACAAGCAACCGUAAAUGGUUCUUGUUCUCCUUGGAAAUAUCAUUCCAUCGAACCCCAACGGGUAUCAAGAACCAUAUUUUAUCACGAUUCUCGGAAUCCCAGCUGGAAUCAGAGGAAUUUCGAUUUCGACCCACUUCGAAGAAUCGAAGCAAUUUCUCGAGGGAUCUCUCAAGGCACCAUCGAUCCUCAGGUGUAUGCGGUGUGGUGAGAUGCUCUUCAAACAACGAUGAGAUUAUCCAAACGGGAAAACUGCCAGCUAUUUCGUCUUGUAGUGCUGAUAGAAAUCCAUCCAGCCGAUUGUCGGAGGAAAUUAGCACAAAUCGAAACCGGACAUAGUAGGAAAAUCCUGUAACGCUGCAAAAUUCCUCUUCACGUGGGAUCGGCUCCAUGUUUCUGCCCAGACUUUAGGGCCCUGCCGAGCCCGGUGCUCUCGGUCGGAUCCUACAUAUCUCCCACAACCCGGCCCGCAAAGAUUCCUCUCCUGCCUCCAACUCACUUCCCUUCAAGCCAGCAGCAGUCCAUGUAAAUCCUCUGAUCGAGCGAUCGCCGUGGCGCACAUGGUCCCAUCGCUGCGCUGCCGCGUCGAACGCAUGUCUGCGCUGCCAUUAAUGGAUUCAGCGAGCGCGCGUUGUCCAUGAUGUUUGAAACUCGAAGCGGCGCAGGCUUGGAGGUAGAUUGGUCAUGAGGCUUUGCCCUCGAGCGCCAUGGCACCUCGCGUGCAUUCAACAAGUGAAGAAUAUCGAGCUUUAGUGGAUAAAGCUUAUAACAAGUUCGCGAGACUUCGAGAAUUUCCUGCAUACGGGCGCAACAAAUGGGACUUCUACUUCCACAAAGCUUUCCAGGUGUACUCUAAGCUAUGGAAGUUUCAGCAAGACAAUCGGGUAAAAUUGUUGGAGAUGGGGUUGAAACGUUGGGAAAUUGGAGAAAUUGCAUCCCGCAUAGGGCAGUUGUACUACAAUUACUAUCUUCGCACUAGUGACUCCAAAUUCCUUAUCGAAUCGUAUAUAUUUUACCAAGCCAUUCAGAGCCGAGAAUAUUUUAAGGAACUUGACAAAGAUGCGGCGCUUGCAAACAAACAACUUAGAUAUACUGCUCGCUUCAUCGUCAUUUGUCUUCUUCUCAAUCGCAGGGAGACUGUCCAACUUCUUGUGCGCCAACUUCGGUCCCUUGUAGACGAAUAUGCUCGAACUUUUAGUGAGGGUACAGAUGCUAAGGAUUGGAAGAUAGUGGUUCAGGAAAUUGGGCGUUUUAUGAAAGCCGAUGGUGCUUGUGAAACGAGCAGAUCUUUACGAUACUGUCUUCUUUACGAUCCUCAUCCGUCUAUAAUUUCGUCGGUCCACAAAGUUGAGGGAAAGAAGCCUUUGCACCUGAAGGAUUCAAUACUUGCAAGCUAUUAUCACCACGAGGUGAAAUUCAGUGAGCUGACACUGGAUACAUUCAGAAUGCUACAAGCUCUUGAAUGGGAGCCAAGUGGAUCACUAUUUAAGGCGCGUACUGAUUCAUCCAUGGGAAUUGGAGCCUCUGGCGGAAUUGGAGUGUCGGAGGACAUUUCCGAUCCGAGUUUGCCGCCGAAUCCUCACAAAUAUAUUCUUUACCGACCUACAGUACAAGAAUUGCUUCUGGUUUUGGCUACUGCUUGUGAUGAGCUUCCUUGUGAUGGAAUCGCUCUUCUUUACAUUUCGGCCUCUGGAAGGUCAGGUCGUAGUCUUUCGAUGAGCAUGUCAACUCAGGAUUUGGGAGAAGCUCCUCAACCAUCAAAGAAAGGAGUCGUUUCUCUCACGCCUACUUUGAGCUUGAAGAAUGCAAAUUCUUAUGUUCCACACACCGAAGUAAUCCCUGAUGCUGAGAUAGCAGUAGUGGAUGAAUUUGAGAAAACACCCAGUACAGCCACCAACACGAAAGAAAUACGAGCGAAAUAUUCACCAUCAGAACCUCGGGGAGUCGGAUCUCCUGGUUUAUGGCUUGGAUCCAAGAGGAGUCCAGGUUUCAACUUUCUUUAUCCAAUUGACAUCCUCCCAUUCACACGGCGGCCUUUGUUCAUCAUAAUUGAUAGCGCCAAUAGCUUUGUAUUUGAGUCCAUUAUAGGAGAAGAAAGAGGAGAACAAGCAAUACUGCUGCUAUCUCCUAGCCUGGUGGGUUUGGAAGAUGAAGGCGCAACUUCGACAUAUUCUUCAUCUAAGAGCAGCGGCAACAUGUUUACAUUCUUUCUUACUGCCCCACUGCUUGCAUUCUGCCGAGUAAUCCAGUCUUCCAGCAAGAACAUGUCAAAGGGAAAUUUUGAGCAGACCGAGAGACUGUUUGCCACACUUAUUGCUGAAUGGGGUAACGUCUUAGACUCGGCGAUGAUUGACCCUGCUUGGGCAAGGAUACUCGGAGAUCCGUUUUUGCGUCAAUUAACUUGCAGGUUCAUAUUUUGUCGCGCAGUGUUUGGUCUCCAUUCAAAAUAUCGAGACAAACCUGAACACAUGCCUCGAUGCUAUCCGCCUCUACCAGAUGAGCUCCUCCCUACGUCGAAAGUAGUGGAAAUGGUAAUCUAUCUGAUGGCAACCAAGUUCGGAGCUUUGGAUCAAUUCGAUGGCAAACUAAGCAACACUAAGAACGCUGACUGCUUGAGUGGAUUGUUUAAGGAUGAGGCAACUACAACUGGUGAAGACUUUUCAACAGGAGAAGCGAGUGAGGAAGAACAUUCUGAUGACAGAUACCCUAAUGAUCUUUCCUGAAGCCAUUUUCCUCAUCUUCCUGGAUUUUACGCUCUCACGCCGUCAACAUUCUCUGGCUCGUAAGGUCUUCCUGUUACAUAAGCACAUGUCUGAUUUAGUCCUUUGUAGCGUUUGUGCUUCCAUUUCAGGCUGAGCACAAUAUGCAGCUCAGGUUGCAUGGCUCAUAUACAAAAUAGUUGAUAUCCAUUUUUAUCAGGACCAAAGUUACAAUGUUCCUUGCAGUAACUGGGUUGUACUGGAAUAUGGCACAGUCUGCGCAUUCAUGAUGUGAGAUGAGUGUUUGAAUGCACUUCAGUGCGCAAUUAAACGUAAUCCAUUCGCAUUUCAAAUUCUUCUGAAUAGAAAUGGUGGAUUCCAUCGUUGUUUAGAAUGCUUCCUUCUGUUUUGAGAAACCAAGGUCGAGUAUCGUAAUGUCUUCGUUAAGGAGAAGUCUUCACUGAGGCUGGAAUGGGAGUGGCACUUAGUGUUUCAUGCGAUCCCCAUGAAGGCCUAGAUCAUGGCCUAACCGAGAUUACAAUUGGAACCUAACUGGCAGGUCUUUAUGCAACAAGCUGUCAAUGAUGCUUGUUUCAAUUUCUGUUAUGUAAACUUUUACAAGUAUCACCGUUCAAGCA